AUGUACGAUGUGAAGACGGGGAAGAAGAUGUGGGGGGAUGCUGAGACACACGUAAGCCCUGUGCAUUGUCUGGAGAUGUCUAGAGAUAGCAAGCGGGUGUUUACGGCAGCAGUGGAUGGAACGUUUGCGAUGUGGGACAGCAAGACGGGCGACAAGUUGUGGGAAUGCGGGGAGGCCUGGGCCAAGGAUGGUUACGAUGGUUACGCAAAAGCAUGUUGGUCCAAUGAUGGGACGAGGGUGUUCGUGUCGUUUGGAAGGGGGAUGGGGUUGUGGGACGGGAAGACUGGGAACAAGUUAUGGGAGAGAAUCACAGACGGCUACAUGCACAUCGGGUGCAUGGCGUGGGCUGGAAACGACACGAAGAUCGCGCUUGGCGGUAUGGGUAACGAGGGCAGGGUCGUGCUGUUAAGCGCCAGAACGGGAGAGGCGAUCAGGGUCGCAUGUGGGCAUACAGAUGGCAGGGUCGUGCUGCGCGGCGCCAAGACAGGAGAGACGAUGGGCGAUGCCCCCGAACGUGUCCCAGAUUCGGUCGGCCUGAAAUGGGCUGCGGACCAAGGUCUGCUUGAGUGGUAUUCAGACGAAUUUGCAGACGAAGUUCACAUAGAUUGGUUCAACUUUGUGAAGCGGCCCUGGAGAGAAGGUGAAGAAGGUGUGCGGGCUUCGUUCUUUGUUGAGAGGGCUCCGUUCUCUGUUGCGCGGGCUCUGUACCCUCAUGCGGUGAAGUGGUCUCCAGAUGACAAGUGGAUCGCGUCAACUGGAUAUAAUAUGGUUGAAAAUGAUGAAAAUGGGAAACCAAGCAGAGUCGGAGUUAUGAUCUGGAAUUGGGAGACAGGUGUAACAUAUCGGUACCAGUGCCAGCUCCAGUGCCAGCUCAAUAGAAUGCCACUCUAUCCGCUGGAAUGGUCUGACGACGGACGACGCGUAGCCCUUGGAAUUGGAGAAGAGCUUGCGAUAUGGGAUAUUGAGACAGGGGUGAUGUUAAGGUAUAGCACAAACAGUGAAGAAGAUCUAAGGCAUAUUGCUUGGUUCCGGGACGGGUCGCGAAUGGCGACGGUGGGCGGAAGAACGUGGGGUGGACGUGGAGGAACGUUACGAAUCCUGUCCGUGACGAGUCAAAGCGCUGUCUGCGAAAAGCAAUACGAUGAUGUUGGGUAUCUCAAAGAGAGCGAUCUGCGCCAGUUCAUCGAUACGAAUGAGGGCAAACUCACCGCGGCGGAUCUAGAGAGGAAACUGGAGAGGAAACUGAGGAUUCGGCAAAAACGAGAUGGAGUGUUCUACAAGACAGGAGAUGACGAAAUCCGCCUAGCAACCGUUGCGGGAUAUAGUUCGUACUGUUCUACUUCAGGUCGGCACAUUGCGAUCCAGGUAGAAGCAAAACUGUACUUUUACGAGCUCGUGCAGUAGUGUGAUUGUGAGUGUGUGAAUAACCACUGGGCAAAAGCGGAUGUCCCGGCCAGGACAGGACAGGAGGGGUUGUACCCACGGUAUAUGUAGUAAGGGAUGAUGUGCCAGGAGAAAUUUGUAUGUAUUUGAAGUUGUUUCUAGUUACCCGACGCCUCGAUGCCCCUCUCCGCAAAAAAAGUAGCCGGCACAUCUUUUCUAUGUGUCGCGCGCAGUU